AGGAGAAGCUCGUCGGCAAGAACUCCUACUGCUGCUGCUGCUGCUGCUGCUGCUGCCAGCACAACGGAUGAACCCACUGCACAAACCGAGGCUAGCCAAGCGGCUGCGUAGGUUUCCUGGCCUUGAUCCCAAUAUGCCCGUCUUCCUGGCCGUGCUUACUCUUCUAUAGUUCUGAACCGAUUCCCGCACCCGAACCUUUGGCCCAGCCGACCAUGUUCUCACAUUGGGGCGCGUUUCAGGAGGAGAAGGCUAGGGUUCUCUUUGCAAAGUAUGGAAUGACAAUUGAGUCUGGAGAGUGGAGGUCCCCCAGCGAUGCGCCCGUUCAGCGUGUUACGAAGCCGAUCCGUAUGAGAGUCCGUCGCACUUGUCAUCGAUGCCAGACGACCUUCGGCCCCGACAAGGUCUGCAUGAAUUGCCAGCAUGUUCGGUGCAAAAAGUGCCCGCGAUACCCCCCGGCGAAACCCAAAGACCCCAAGGAGCAGGCCGGAACGGCGCUGCAGGCCAUCCUCACUCAGCGGGCACAGAAGCCAAUUGCCAAGGAACCGCGGCCAAAAGAGCCUAAACUUACGAUUCCCUCACGAACGGGUGGCCAGGAUCUGGUCCACAAACCAGUCCGACAGCGAAUUCGACGGACAUGUCAUCGGUGUAACACAGUCUUUGCUGCUCAUGCUACGGAAUGCAGUAACUGCAACCAUAUUCGGUGCACAGAUUGCCAUCGUGACCCACCCAAGUUGGACAAAUACCCUGACGGUUAUCCUGGUGAUGUGGAACCCCCAGUAGAGCCACCGGCACGGACCUGGAAACGGCCACGCCAGAGGGUCCGGUAUACAUGUCACCUGUGUCCAACUAUCUACCGGUCGGGCGAGAAAAGUUGCCCCAAUUGCGGACAAGAGAAGUGUGCUGAAACCAUCCGAGACCCGCCCAAAAAGCAAAAACUCGAGCCAGACCCCGAGAUAGUGCAGCGGGUUGAGGAAAGGUUAGCCGGCAUUAAAGGCAAGGGUGGGACGGGGGAGGAAGCAAAGGAUAGAUGACGCGCCCCGGAAUGGGCUGAUCUCUACGACUGCUUGUUAGCGUUGCGUUUUGUAUGCAUUUUUAUUUGCAUUUGCAUUUGCUUAAUACCGCAGAGAACUCUGCUUUCUUCGUCACUUUUCCUUCUACCUGUAUCUACAUACUACAUA